AUGGUGCCAUUCCCUACUGGUACUGCCUCCUGGAAAUACGCCUCCAAACGUAACCCAAAGGACUCCGACGACGAGGACGAGGAUGAGGACGAGCCUAAGUCCACCAAGACCAAGAGCGCCAAGGCAAGCUCCACUGCUGCCAGCAAGACGAGUGACGAUGAAAGCUCUGCCCCAGCGACCACUCCCGCCCCUGCGGCGAAUGAGAAUGUUGCCGCCGGCGGCAGCCUGCCUGCUUCUUCUGGUACUUCUGUGUUGAAGGCAGCCCAGACCAUUGCCGCUGGCGAAUCUUUCGACGGAGGCAUGGUCGCAUUUGACCGCGGUGUCAGCUGCAGCGGCCAGUCCGAAGGUGGUGACAGCGACGCGGUGUUCUAUCUGGAAAAUGGGGCCAGUCUGUCCAACGUGAUUAUUGGCCCCAACCAAGUCGAGGGCGUUCACUGCUUUGGCAGCUGCUCUCUCACCAACGUCUGGUGGAGUGCUGUAUGCGAAGAUGCGUUCACCAUCAAGGAACAGGCAGCUGGCGAAACCUCCAAGAUUUCUGGUGGUGGAGCAUUCGGAGCCGAGGACAAAGUUUUGCAGCACAACGGAGGAGGCACCUUGAGCGUCUCUGGUUUCACUGUCGAAACAUUCGGAAAGCUCUACCGCUCCUGUGGCAACUGCAAGUCGAUGUUUGAGCGCCAUGUGAUCUUCGACAACAUCUCUGCCACCGAUGGCAAGUCUCUCGCCGGUAUCAACAGCAACUACGGUGACACCGCUACCUUCACCAACAUCAAAGCUUCGGGAGUCAGCGACAUCUGCGUUGAGUACGAGGGUAACGACACUGGCGACGAACCAACAGAGAUUAGCAGUGGUCCUUCGGCCGCUUGCAAGUACGCCGCCAGCGAUAUCUCCGCUUGA